AUGAUUUUUAUAAUAACACAAAUAUUGAUUGCUGAUUUCUUUUUAAGAGGAAAUUGUUUAGAUAUAUGCAAUCAAUAUUUAUCUUAUCCAUCAUGUAUAAAUAGUAUAGAGGAUUAAUGUAUGUGGGAUUCAGUGAGAAAUAAUUGUCAACACACGAAUGAUUAUAUGCAAGGAUGUAACACUUUUUUGAAUUUGUUGGCUUGUUAAAAGUAAUUAGGGGAUGCCUUAGGGUAGUUUGCAAAAUGUAUUAUUUAAGAUUGAAUUAGGCCGAUUCAAAAAAUUCUGCGAAAAUAUUCCUGAUGUAUAGACUGAAAAGUGUUAUAAUAAUUUAUCAAAGUAUGGAUGUUUAUCUGUUUAAACUCCAUCAUAGAUUUGCAUUUGGAAAAAUCAGCAAUGUUAUUUCUUAGAAGCAUCAUCGUAAUCAGGUUUAAUAUAAAAUGAUUUUGACAAGGUGAUGUAUAGUGCUUCUGCUUGCUCUCAUAUAGAACAUUAUUUAGUGAUUCAUAGUAGUUUAUUAUGGAAUCUCACAUCAUACAUUCCUGAUUUACAAUUAGAGGCGUUUCAACAAUAAUAAAGAGAUUUGAAUAUUAAUCGCACUGAUGAUAUGAAAAUUGAUGAUCCAAGCCUGGAUGAGAUGUAGAAUAACUAUUUAACAAAAAACGGAAAGUUUAUUUGGUAUAAAUUAGGAAAAUCUCUGUAAUUUAGUGAAACAAAUUGUAAAAUAAUUGUUGAUAUUUUAAGUGUAAAUAUCGAAUAGAUUUAGAGAAGGCUGUAUUGCAUUAGAAAUAUAUGAUGACGAUGACUUUUAUUCAAUCUUUAGUUUAUAAGAUGAAAUCUUAGGAGUAAAUCACGUAUAUUGCAAAUAUUUAAAUUAAAAUCCUCAAUUAAACUAAAAAUAUAUAUUUAUAGACAAUAAAUGUGUGAAAUUCGAUACUUUUGAAUUAGCAAACUAAAAAGUAGUAGAGUAGUAUAACAUAAAUUGUAAAUCAUUAGAUAAAUAUUAAUGCAUAUUUUUUAACCCAAAAGAAUCUAAUUGUAAAAUAGAUGAUGACUAAAAUGAAUAUUAAUGCGUAGAGGUUUCAAAUGAAUAUGAAAUUGAUUGUAGUGAUGGAUUUUGCACUAUCAAGCAAUGUCAAAAAUUAGAUAAUCAUUAUAUUGAUUUAAGUACCAAUAUGUGUGUAAAUACUUGUACUUCAAUAUCCAAUAUGAUUGAAUGCCUAAAUCGGGAUUGCAUCUAUUUGGGGGCUAAAAGUAUAUAAUCGGAAAUUAUUUGUGCACCUACAAACACAUGCAAUUAAAUAGGUUUAACAAAAUCUGGUUGCAUAUUCUUGAGAGCAAAAUGUGAUUGGGAUAAUAGUGAAAAUAAAUGCUAUGAAUUACAGGACCAUGAGAUUUCAUUAAUGAAAUGUUCAGAUGUUUAAAAUAUACAUGUUUGCACUUUCAUAUCAUUAAGCGAUUAGUUGUGUUACUGGUCUGAACUGAUGAUGAAAUGCAUCAACAUACUUGAUUAACCAUUAUUGAUGGUACAUACUAUUUUUAUGGACAGAAAUUUAGAUGAAAAUUAUUAAUAAUAAACAAGUUUGGUUUGCAAUCUGAAUCUCUGUAAAUACAAUUCUUUACUAGCAACUGAAUUUGAUGAAGUAAAAAGAGUGUGUUUAUUCGAUUAAUUAAAAUUGAAUAAAAACUUAGCCUUAAUCAACAAAUAUGAUUGUCUCCACAAUUUGAACGGGUAUUAUCUAUGGAAUUAGGAGAAGUAAAUUUGUUAAAAAUUUGAAUAAUCCUAUAUCAAAAAUUAAUAUUGUUUGGAAUUGAUUGAUGUAAAUGAACGAUUCUGUCAAUAUAGCAAGUUAUCUUCAAAUUCUGUUCGAUGUGUUUAUGAUUAAAUCACCACUUCUUGUAUUGAAAAAACUGAAAAAGAAGUAAAUACUUUAGGGUGUUCUGGGAAUGGAUUAUCUGAAGAGCAAUGUUUAAGUAACAAUAUUGAAGGACAAUUUUGCACUUAUUCAGAUGAAUUGUGUAUUGAAGUAUCUAUAAAUACCAUAAAUAAUCUAAAGUGCUCUUCUCUACUUAAUGUAAAUCAAUAGGUUUGUAGAAUGUAAUUUGUUAAUAAAACACUUUGUAAAUAUAAUGAAGUCACUCAUUCAUGCAUUUAAUUAAGUUCAACAGAUACAAUUGAAUAUAACUACAAUCUAAAUAGGUAUGCAUGUUAGGCGGUGGCAGAUAGUUAUACAUAUUUUGAUGAAUAGAUAAAUAGGUGUAUUGAAUUUGAUUCAACCUAAAGCAUUUAUUUUAUGAAACUAAAAUGCGAAGAAAAUUAUGUUAAUAAAUUGACAUGUUUAAGUAUUAAAACGGAUGGUUAAUUAUGUAUUUGGAGCACAUCUCUUAACUAAUGCAAAAAUUAUUUUGACAAUUUUCCUAGUUGUUCUUUUUUUGAGAAUAGCAGUAGUUAAACAUGUGUGAAAUUGAAAAACAUAAAUAAAGUAGAAUUCACGAUGGAGAAUUAUUGUGCUUAUUAAGAUAAUAAAUGUAUGUCAAAAAUAGAAAAUUAGAUUGAUUGUGGGGAUAACGAUACAAUGAAUAUUCAUCGUUGUAGUGGGAUGACAGGGAUUGACCAAGAUGGCUAUUUUGUGUAAAUGUGUGCGUUUGUUAGUAAUAAGUGUGUAACAUUGAUUGAUUCCAGCAUGGAUACUGAAAUAAUAUUAAACACAAUUACUUGUGAAUAAGCUAAUUAGAAAUCUUGUGGAUCUGUGAGAACUCCUGGUUAAUUUUGUUAUAUCUCAGCAACGUCAGAUAUCAAUAAUAUCAUAAUCAAUAAAGGGUGCAGAUUUUAGAAAUUGGAUAAGAUGUAUUGUUAUUUGUUAAAUUACUAUUAUUCGGAUAUGAAUUUAUUAAAUCCAAAUAUAUGUUCAUAGGCAACUGAUUCAUGCAUUUAUGAUCCCUUAGAAGGCUGCAUAUCUAUAUAUGAUAGUUCUUUAAAUUAUGAUUGUGAGCAGCCAGGAAUAUCAUAGACCCUCUGUAUAAGAUAGACAAAAGAACGUAGAUGUGCUUUUAUAGAUAAGACUUGUAAAUAUAUUUCAGAAAAUUAUGUAUUUACAGAGAAUUGCAAAUAUCUUAAUGAGUUUGCUUGUUCCUCUUCUCCAUUUAUUUAAUGUGUUUGGAAUGAAUAUUUUGAGACUUGCAAGUCUAUGAGUUUUUAUGACAUACAAUCAAUUACUAGUAACUAUUUCUGUUCUUCUAAUCACGAUAAUAUUUUCAUGAUAUCUGGUGAAACUGAAUGCAUUAAAAUAGAUUAAGCUGAUUACAAUUUAUACACUUGUGAUACUCCAGGGUUAAAUAAGUAUGGUUGUUAUUCAAUACCAACAUAAUAUUGUCAAUAUCUAAAUAAUAGAUGUUAAUUUUAUUCUUCCGUAUUGUGUGAUGAUACUACGUUUGAAUGUGAAUCAAAUGAUACUAAUGAUUAAUAGUGCGUAUUUAAGGACGGUUAGUGCUUUGCAAUAACAAAUACUCUCUUUGAUUGUGAUUCUUUUGAGAAAACUAAUUACCUAUUUUGUCAUUAAUACCCUCAUUGCAUUUAUAAAGAUUCUCAAUGCUAAUAGAUUAGAUAAUAUCAGAAAUACGCAGAUUGUUAGAGUAUUGAUAAUGUUGCAGCCUGUACAGUCUAAAACAGUGAACACUAAUGUUAAUAUAUAAAUGAUUGUGAUAGUCUUGAUUAACUCUUGGAUAUCUGUCCAUCUCUUUCUGGGUAUUAUUCAAGAAAUGUGUGUUCAAAUUUCUAGGAUUGUCAAUACGGAUAUACAAAAAGCGGUUAUGGCUUUUGUUUUUAAGGAUAAAACAUAGUUGAAUUAUCUUGUGAACAAUUACCUUAAGAUCUUUGCUUUUAGGAUUUAUCACAUUUAAAUGGUGAUCUGAAAUGCUUUUGGAAUAAUAAUGAUGAGACAUGCAGGAAUGUGUAAAAUUAAAAUAUUCUGACUUGCGAUGAUAUAUCAGAGUUUAAAUCCAGUUAUGCUGCAUGUAUGCACUUUGGCAGUAAUGACUGUAAAUACUCCUUUUAGGACAAUAAGUGUAAAUUAGUAAACGAAUACAUUGGUACAACUUGUCAGGGAUCUUCAAAAUAAUAAUGUGAUUAAAUUGAAUCUAUUUGUUAUUUUAAUGACUCCAUAUGUACAACAACUGGAACUGAUGAUUAAAUUAAUAAAUAUGGUUGCAUUCAUCAAACAGGCUAUUAUUAUUAUUACCAAGGAAAUUGCAAAUUAUUAGAAUCUACGGAUUAUCAGUAAUCUUGCCAAAAUCUUUCUAAAGAUGCAUGUUUGAGUGAACUUACUAAAGAAAUUCACUGUAGAUGGAAAAAUGAAAAGUGCAAAACAGUACUCAUAUAGGAAAAUAAGGAGAUAUCUUCAUGUUCAGAUUUAAAUCUAAGAGCUUGUCUAGAGAUUGCACUUUCCAAUAUUCAGUGUCAAUGGAAUUCUGAAAUCAAAAGCUGUGAAACAAUUAUAGUCACUCAGUUCGAUUGCACUUUGGCUGAUUAAACCACUAAUACAUCUAAAAGUUUAUGUAGUGGUCAAACAUCAAAUUAUUGUGCUAGACGCCUUGAUGGGACUGAAUGUUCUCCUGUUACUACUAAAAUUAAUUCUUGCAUUCUUUUUGGAUUAAAUUUGAAUGCUUGUGUAGAAUUAACUUAUGAUGUACCUUGUAAAUGGAAGUAAUUCAAUGACGGAGGAUUUUGUGAAGAUGCAAAUCUCUAUUCAGCCUAGUGUUCAGAUCUACUCAACGAAAAGGCGUGCAUGAAUGUAAAGAAUUUAGGGUAGCAUUGUAAAUGGGACAUCAAUCAAAAACGAUGCUAACUUUAAGAGAUUACAACCUGUUCAUCAGCAAGCUACCUAAAUGGAAUUCUACCAUGCAAAGCUGUAUCUGAUGAACUUUGUUAAUAUGAAGAAUUAUUUAAUCAAUGCAAAAGCAUAAAUGAUAUACCGACAGAUUGCUCUGAAUUUUAUAAUUAAUAAGCUUGCAUUUAAUCAAAAAAAGGUUGUGUUUGGAAUUUGAACUCUUGCUAGUAAUAAAUAUUAUUGAGAUGUGAAUUGUUUUUAAAUAAAUUUGUCUGUUUGAAUACUCAAUAAGUUGAAUGCUAAUGGAUUGAUAAUUAAUGCAAAUCAUUUGAAGGUUUAGAUCAAAAGAUUUAUUGUGUUAAUCUGCCAAAGGGACUCAAUCAAUUUGCUUGUCUGACUAAUGCAAUAGAUCCUUGUAAUUUAGAUUACCAACAUGAGAUUUGCAUACCAUCCCAAUAAUUUUCCCAGAAUUUUGAUGAUUAUUUUACUGUUUCGCAACUUCUAGAAAUUCAAACCUUGGAUUAUCCAUAACCAUUAUUGUUUAAUCAAUGCGAAUAGCUUUAAACUAAGCAUGAUUGCAUUAAUUCAAGAAAAGAAGAUUAACCUUGUGUUUGGGUUAAUUCAUGUCAAAGAGUGACCAAUUUUGAAAAAUUGAAAUGUUCAGAUGCACUCAAUAUCUGGGGUUGUUUGAGUAUUACAAGUAGCAAUUAACUUUGCUUUUGGAAUCAUAAAUGUUUAUAUUGGACUUAAGAUAAUCCAAUUAUGUCAAAUGUUAAUAUAAAUGUUUGCAUAGAUCAUAGUAUAAGUAGCGUAUAUUCUAAGUAUUCUUGUUAAGUCCAGGAUCUAUAAACAAUAGAUUGCAUAUCGGUUGGGAUAAGUAAAAAAACUUGUUUAUCUAUUCCUAAUUAACCUUGUUAAUGGGUAGUAUCUCUUAAUCAGUGUUAAAAAUUUAGUUAAGACAACAAAAAGAAUAAAUGCUCAGAUUAUUAAUUAGUUUCGCCUUAUGUUUGUUAAAUCCUCUUAGAUUUUGCUUGUAUUCAUGAUACAGAUACAUUUAGUUGUAUUGAAGUUGUUCAAAAUAAUUAAAUGCUGGGUCUAUCUAAAUAGGCAUGUCUUCAAAAUAAUCAAAAACCUAUUUAUUGGAACGAAUCUAAUAUAUGUGAAGACUUGAAAAUUCAAAUAAAUUGUGAUUCUAAAUUUUAGGUUAAUUCAAUUGCUUGUUAAAGUAUCUCUGACAUCCCUUGUUUAUACAAUAAUAGAUUAAAUUAAUGUGUUAGCUAAUUUAAUGUAUGGUCUCUAACAUGUGACACACCUGGAUUAAAUUUACAAGCAUGUAGUAUGGUCCAGUAAGAACCAUGUGUCUUUAGGAAUAGUAAGUGUUAGAAAUUUAGUGAUUAUUAGUCAUCUUGUAUAACGGUAAAGAAUGUAAAUGCAUUGGCUUGCGCAUCACUAUUUAAUGAAAAUUGCACAUAUGACUCUGUUAGACUAUAAUGUAAUGUUCCUAUCUAUCAAUCUAAUACUUGUAAUGUUCCUGGAAAGAAUAGAAUGUUUUGUGAAGCUAAUUCUCUAUGUAAUUGGAGUUAAGAAAAGCUAGAGUGUAAAUGCAUUGAAUUCCAAUCAGAAAUAUGCAAAUUUGAUAAAAUUAAUGAAUGCAAAGCAAAUUCAAAUUGUUAUUUCAAUGGUAAUUAAUGCAUCAGAAAAUAGUGUUAUCAUUUAUAAGCAGAAGAUUGCAAUUCUAUUCUAGAUAAUAAAUAAUGCUACUUAAAUAAUUCAAAUGAUUGUCAAUCAGCAAGUAAAUGUGAAGAUAUUAUUGAUUCAAAAUUACCAUGUUCUAACUACGUCAUCAAUUCUAUUCAAUGCAGUUAAGCAGGGAAUCAAUGUGCUUCAUCAAAUAAUCUAGAUCUAUAUUGUCCAUAUUCAAAUUGUUCUAAUCCUAAAUGCAAAUAUCAAUUUGGUAUUUGUAAAGUUAGAACUUGUUCUGAUUAUAAUAUCAAAGAUUGUAAUGGUGUAAGUGGCUGCUAUUUAGAUUCUAAUAAGGUAUGUCAGAUACUAAGUUCAUGCUCUUUGGUUAAUAAUUAUGGAGAUUCUGCUAUGAAUAUUUGCAAUCAACUGUCAGUGUAAGGGUUUAGAUGCAACUGGUAGAAAAUGAAUCUAUUAGAUGCUACUGAAGUGUGUACAAGUCAACCCUGUCAAUUAUAUGGAUCAUCAAAAAAGUUAUGUCAUGGAAAUGAAAUAAAUGGCUAUUCAUGCAUUCUUUCUAAUUCAUUGAUUUGUUAAUAAUGUGAACAAAUUGUAGAGAAGUGCUAAUGUGAAAAUUAAUAAUAGAUCUGUUCUUAUGCUAAUGGUAAAUGUGUUUCAAUCUUAUGUUCUUCCUUCCUGACAAAGGUUGAAUGCUUCUAGGCAUAAGACCGUUGUUAUUGGAGUACUCAAGUGAAGGAGGAUAAUACUAUUGUUGAGCAAUGUGUAAAAGAAUGCAUUAAAAUAAUUGAUUCAGAUGAAUGUGCUUCUCGCUUGAAGGAAUGCUACUAUGAACCAUUACAGAUGAAGUGUAUGAAGGGUUAAAAACAAGUCAUAGAUUUAAGUACAUCUAUCAUUAUUGAAGAAUUCUAUUCCCAUGUCAUAUCAUCUUUGAUCCUAAUUUUUAUUUUAUUGUCAUGA